AACAAGUCCUGCAUCGUUUGACAGCAAGGCCGGUCAAGUCUCAACAGCGACAGAUUGACCUUAGAAUGACAGCACAGGUCGUGAACUAGACGAGUUUUGAAGUGGCUUGCCAUCUCUUGCACGUUAAAUACUUGAUUACUUAAAGGGAAAACGUCUUCAAAUAAAAUGCAUAUUGGGAAUUCAUUGCUCCAAACCAUACCCCGCAAGAACACUCCUGAUAGUGUCACAAGAGAACUCAUGAAGACAUUACCUCAUUCUUCAUGCAACAGCAAAACCAGUAAGUUAGCCAUACCAGUGCUUGGAUUUUCCCUAGUGUUAAUUCUCUCAUUGGCUUCUCCUACCACCUCAUGCACCGAGAAGGAGAAGAACUCCUUGCUCCAGUUCGUCGCUGAGCUCUCCAACCAUGGUGGCCUCACUACUUCGUGGAAGCAUGACACAGAUUGUUGCAAAUGGGAAGGGGUAGCCUGCAGUUCAAACCGGACGGUGACUGAUGUUUCCCUGGCUUCCGGAGGUCUUCAGGGGCACAUCUCACCGUCCCUCGGCAACCUCACCGGCCUUCUGCGCUUGAACUUGUCCAACAACAUGCUAUCUGGAGGCCUACCGACAGAGCUGGUGUACUCCAACAGCAUCAUUGUCCUCGAUGUCAGCUUCAACCAACUCAAAGGAGAUUUUCAGGAACUGCAAUCUUCAACCCUGAAACCUCUGCAGGUGCUGAACAUCUCAAGCAACUUCUUUACAGGACAGUUUCCAUCCACCACAUGGAAAGUGAUGAAGAGUCUGGUUGCACUCAAUGCUAGCAACAACAGCUUCACUGGGGAGAUACCAACCAUGUUCUGUUUCAGUGCACCAUCCUUUGCUUUGCUUCAUCUCAGCUACAACCAAUUCAGUGGAGGCAUCCCUCCAGGACUGGGUAAUUGCUCCAUGCUGACAUCUCUCAGUGCUGGGAGCAACAAUCUCAGUGGGGCUCUUCCUGAUGAACUCUUCAACCUCACCUUGUUGGAGCACCUCUCUUUAUCUAACAAUCAGUUAGAAGGAUCACUCAGUGGCAUCAGCAAGCUCAAAAAUCUGGUCACCCUUGAUCUUGGAGGGAACAGUCUCAGUGGAAAUGUCCCGGACUCCAUAUGUGAACUAAAGAGAUUAGAGGAGCUCCAUUUGGACCACAAUAACAUGUAUGGGGAGCUCCCAUCCACUCUAAGCAACUGCACAAAUCUCAUGAUCAUAGACCUCAAAAGUAACAGUUUCUGCGGAGAACUCAGCAAUGUCAAUUUCUCCAACUUACCCAAUUUAAAAAUAUUGGAUCUUUUGCGGAACAACUUUAAUGGCACAAUCCCAGAGAGCAUCUGUUCAUGCAGCAAUCUAACAGCAUUACGACUAUCUUCAAAUAAGUUUCAUGGCCAGUUGUCAGAAAGAAUCGGCAAUCUGAAGUCCCUCACAUUUCUAUCGCUUGUUAACAACUCCAUUUCAAAUAUCACAGGUGCACUUCAGAUCCUAGGGAGUUGCAGGAAUCUGACCACCUUAUUUAUUGGGCACAACUUCUUUGAUGAGGCCAUGCCAGAGGAUGAUACAAUUGAUGGUUUUGAGAAUCUUCAGGUUCUUGCUUUGAAUCAUUGUUCAUUAUUUGGAAAAAUACCUUUUUGGUUCUCAAAGCUCAAAAAUUUGGAAGUGUUACUUUUGUAUGGAAAUCAACUAACUGGACCAGUACCAGACUGGAUCAACAGCCUAAACUUCCUAUUCCAUAUAAACCUAUCAAACAACAGUCUUGUAGGGGAAAUUCCAACAGCCUUAGUGGACAUGCCAAUGCUAAAAGCAGAUAAGGUUUCAUCAAAGGCCUUUGAGCUUCCUGUUUAUAAGAGUCAAUCACGACAAUUCCGUAUGCCUAUUUCUUUCUCUACAACAUUGAAUUUGGGCAUGAACAACUUUGGUGGUGUGAUCCCCGAAGAGAUUGGUCAGUUGAAAGCGCUCCUUUCACUAUAUUUGGGCUACAACAAAUUAACUGGACCAAUCCCACAAUCGAUCUGCAACCUCACAAACCUUGAGGUGCUGGACUUGUCUAGCAACCAUCUAACAGAAGGGCCUAUCCCAACCACCGGACAGCUGAGCACAUUUCCAAGUUCUAGCUUUGAUGGGAAUCCAAAGUUGUAUGGUCCUAUGCUUGCUCACCACUGUGAUUCACCAGAAGCAAUUUUCUCUACAAAACAAAAUGGCAACAUGAUCGAAAAGGUCAUCUUUGGGAUCGCCUUUGGCGCAUUCUUUGGUGUAGGGGUGUUGUAUGAUCAGAUAGUAUUAUCAAAGUUUUUUGGCUAGUGCUACUUCAGUUUGCAUACCGGUUUGUGGUGAUUUUGCUUAUUCAGGUUUAGCAGAAGCUUCAGUCUACAAGCCUCCACUAGUGGAACCACCGAACCAUACUUAACUCGUAUUUAGAUUUACCAAAAGGUAAACUGGAAGUGAUUCUAAGGUGAUAACUGAAUUGUGAUCCCUUGGCUGGACAUGUAUUAAAGUGAGUAACCAUGUGCCAUGUGA